AUGCGCGUGCUACGAGGUGCACUCUUGCGCGCCGUAUCUAGCAAUGUCGUCGCCGUUCGUGCUCUCGCCUGCAAAGGCAGCGCCGUCCGUGCUCUCUCUGGCAAAGGCAGCGCCGUGUGGAACGAGGAGUGGAGGCGGCUCGGCCUCGGCGCAGUGCAGGAAGCGUCGGCACCUGCUCUCAAUCGGCUCAUGUUUGUCCAGACCGGCUUCGGCUGUGACCAGCACGGCGAUCGCAAGGGCGCAGGCGCGACCUCUGCAGCAGUGCGGGCGUGCCGCAACGCGAUAGAGUUCAACUCGAUCCCGGGUAUGGUCGAUCACGUCCCGGGAGGGCGCAAAAACAUGCUGAUUCACGUCAAGUUGGGGAUCCCGGAGGGCUAUUCGGUUGACCACGACGAGAUACGAGCAACUUUCCCGUAUGGCAGACUGCUGCCCGUGGAAGUGAUCCACGGUGGUCUUACCUACGGUUGCGGCAGGGUUGUCACCGAGUUGGGAGACGAAGACGACACGGCAAUCGUUGUCGUGGCCGCCGUGUCGAUCGGUUACAACGACCCGAACGAUGCGUCCGAGGGCCACAAAACAUACGAUACAAGGGACGGUCAUUAG